UUGCCACCCGCAGCCAACCAGUCGGGCGCAAGUCUGCGAGCAGGAGGCGAUUGGGGGCGAGGGAGCUCGGUCCCUUGGUCUCGCGUCCGGAUCGCCCCCGCCCGGCCCGAGGCGGUAUAUCCUGCCCUCCCGGGCCACCUCCCCCUCGUGGAAGCCAAGCGGCGGCCUCGCUGUAACGCAGAAGCGAAAUGUAGCCAGCCGGGUGUCGCGGCUGGACGCUCGCCUUGGUUGGGGGUGUGGGGGGGGCACGCCGGGGGCCGAGGAGGACGGCCGAGGAGGAGUGAUGAGAAGAGGGGGUACCCUGCACCCCCCGAGACCACGGGCCCCUGCCACCCGCCAGGCGCCCCCCUUCCUCCCAAGCGAGGGGCAGGUAUUCCUCCCAAGUUCUCGUGAUUUUAAGGACCAGGGAUUUGGGGCAGUACAAGGUCUUCCCAAGAAGGGAAGAAGUCUCUGGAAAAGAGUGGAAACACGACAGACCCUGCCCUGGGACCAGCAGAGCCUGGGGAGCUGGGGGAGGCAGACGGAGGCCUGCAAGAGGAGUGAGAAGGAGCCCCAGCCCCGGGCUGAGGCUGUGUUCUGAAGGAUCCAAAGUCAAGCUACGGUUCACAAAAGAGGGGCCACCUCCAAGGGCGCCCUAGACUCUGAUUGGACCCUUCUACUCUGGAUACCCCUUCUCUGACGAGCUUGCUGCUGAGAACCAAAGAAGAUAAGAGGCCAGAUUCCCCUAAAGCAGAGUUGGCCGGCUGGAGUCAGGCGUCCGCACCCCUAGUGGCUGGCUGCUGAGUCUGGUGAGAAGAUUCUCGUUUCCCUCCUGCCUGUGGCCUCAGUGCUUGAUGGGGCUGCCUGUUGGUAGGUCAGCUUUUGCAGUGCCUGGUAGGAGUGGAGCGCCGUGGGAAGAGGUCCUGCGGCACCCAAGCCUGGGCUUACCCCAAGACUAAGUGCUUUCCCAAGUUAGAGUGAGAGAGAGAGAGAGAGAGAAAACAAGAGGAGCGUUCUCCAUUCGCCUCCCCCUGCCCGUCAUGUCCUCUAAGCCGGAGCCGAAGGACGUCCACCAGCUGAACGGGACUGGCCCUACUAACUCUCCCUGCUCAUCAGAUGGGCCUGGGCGAGAGCCCCUGGCUGGGACCUCAGAGUUCCUCGGGCCUGAUGGGGCUGGGGUAGAGGUGGUGGUGAUCGAGUCUCGGGCCAACGCCAAGGGGGUUCGGGAGGAGGACGCCCUGCUGGAGAACGGGAGCCAGAGCAACGAAAGCGACGACGUCAGCACUGAUCGUGGCCCUGCACCCCCCUCCCCGCUCAAGGAGACCUCCUUUUCCAUCGGCCUGCAAGUGCUAUUCCCCUUCCUCCUGGCAGGCUUCGGGACUGUGGCUGCUGGCAUGGUGCUGGACAUCGUGCAGCACUGGGAGGUCUUCCAGAAGGUGACGGAGGUCUUCAUUCUGGUGCCUGCGCUGCUGGGGCUCAAGGGGAACCUGGAGAUGACCCUGGCGUCAAGGCUGUCCACCGCAGCCAACAUUGGACACAUGGACACACCCACAGAGCUCUGGAGGAUGAUCACUGGGAACAUGGCCCUCAUCCAGGUGCAGGCCACGGUGGUGGGCUUCCUGGCGUCCAUCGCUGCCGUCGUCUUUGGCUGGAUACCGGAUGGCCACUUCAGUAUCCCGCAUGCCUUCCUGCUGUGUGCCAGCAGCGUGGCCACAGCCUUCAUUGCCUCCCUGGUCCUGGGUAUGAUCAUGAUUGGAGUUAUCAUUGGCUCUCGCAAGAUUGGCAUCAACCCAGACAACGUGGCGACUCCCAUUGCUGCCAGCCUAGGUGACCUCAUCACCUUGGCACUGCUCUCAGGCAUCAGCUGGGGACUCUACCUGGAACAAAAUCACUGGCGAUACAUCUACCCGCUGGUGUGUGCCUUCUUCGUGGCCCUGUUGCCUGUCUGGGUGGUGCUGGCCCGACGGAGCCCAGCAACAAAGGAAGUGUUGUACUCCGGCUGGGAGCCUGUCAUCAUUGCUAUGGCCAUCAGCAGUGUGGGAGGUCUCAUCCUGGACAAGACGGUCUCGGACCCCAACUUUGCAGGGAUGGCUGUCUUCACACCUGUGAUUAAUGGUGUGGGGGGCAAUCUGGUGGCAGUGCAGGCCAGCCGCAUCUCCACCUUCCUCCACAUGAACGGGAUGCCAGGGGAGAACUCUGAGCAAGCUCCUCGCCGCUGCCCUAGUCCGUGUGCUACCUUCUUCAGUCCCGAUGUGAAUUCCCGCUCGGCCCGGGUCCUCUUCCUUCUCGUGGUCCCAGGACACCUGGUGUUCCUCUACACCAUCAGCUGUAUGCAGGGUGGGCACACCACCCUCACACUCAUUUUCAUCAUCUUCUACAUGACAGCUGCACUGCUCCAGGUGCUGAUUCUCCUGUACAUCGCAGACUGGAUGGUGCACUGGAUGUGGGGUCGCGGCCUGGACCCAGACAACUUCUCCAUCCCGUACUUGACUGCUCUGGGGGACCUGCUUGGCACUGGGCUCCUAGCACUCAGCUUCCAUGUCCUCUGGCUCAUUGGGGACCGAGACUCAGAUGUCGGGGACUAACUUAGUCACUCCACCUUUCCCCCACUCCUCUGCACUUUCUAUUUGAAUUUCUUUUUUGUUUCCUUACCGCUACCCCACUCUACACUCCCACCUAUUUCUAAGACUUCACUUUGAUACCAAAUUCUCAUUAUUUUCAAUGGGAAUUUUUAUACAUUGAGCCAAGUUUGUAUAGCAAGAAUUUAGGAAGGACAAUGGACUGAGAUAAGCAGUACACGUAGAUUUCUGAGACAAUCACCAAGUGCAAUUUCAUGGUGGGUGCCUCCAGGUGAGGUGGAUUAUUAGGGCAGGGGGUUUCUGUCUAGGAUCUGGGGACUUGUGGUUUGGCAACCUCAGUCUUGGCCCUAAUGAGAAACCAUUUAUGAAUGGGCUCUGGUUUUUGGCUUUGUUCUUUCUCUCUUUUUUUUUUUUUAAUUUUUGUU